AUGAUAAGUUUUGUAUUUAACGAAACAAGUAAUACAUAUAGAAAAUAUUAUUCAACUAAAACACCUUAUAAAUCACCACCAUCAACAUUAGUUUUACCUUUACCACCAACGGGAUUUGAAUUAGUAUGUACACAAAUUCUUGCUCGGCACGGUUGUCGAGCAUUAGAAGGUCGAAAAUAUGAUAAAUUAACAAUGGCAUUAUGGACACAAGCAAAAGAAAAACAAGCAUUAACAGAAUAUGGUCAACAAUUUGGUGAAGAUCUUCAAUAUUUUAUUUCUAUCAAUGAUAAAUUAGGACGUGGUCAAUUAUCUGGACUUGGCAAAAUUGAACAUCAAACUCUUGCACAACGUUUAACUGAACGUAUUUUACCAUUGUUUAUGAAAGUUCUAUUAACUAAUUCUUCAACUCGUAUUAGUAUUGUGAAUAGUGGUAAAUCUCGUACGAAAGAAAGUUCAACUGCAUUUGUACAUGGUUUACCAGUAGCUAUAACUCAUUUAAUUGAUUAUGAACCAGCAAAUCCAGCAUUACUUUCAUUUUAUGAAGAUAUUAAAUAUCAAACAUGUUUUAAAAAAGAUAAACAAUUAAAAGAUAAACUUCGUUCUGUUCAAAUGCAACCAUAUUCAAGACAAAUGGCACGUAGUGUACUUGAACGAUUAUAUCACAAAUCAUUUAUUGAUAAACUUGCUAAUGGAUCUUAUUUAAUAAAUGAUAGUGAAUCAGGAAAAUCAAUAAAAGAUGAAGUAGAUGCUGUUCGUAUGCUUCAUGGUCUAUAUUUAAUUGGUCCUAAUUUACGUGAAGAAGGUAUUGAAUCUUUAUUAGAAAAAUAUUUUGAUUUAAAUGAAUCAGCUUGGUUUGCUUAUCUUCACGAUGCAAAAGAAUAUUAUGAAAAAGGUCCUGGACUUUCAGAUCGAACCAUAAUACAUGAAAUGGCACAAAUAUUACUUGAUGAUUUUUUUCUUCAUUCUGAACAAUGUUCUCAAAUAGAUUCAACACAUUUUCUUCGUGCACGUUUCACUCAUGCUGAAGCGAUUAUUCCUUUUGCAGCACUAUUAAAAAUUCCGAUAUUAAGUGAUAAAUCAACACCUAUUAAUGAAACGUAUACAUAUGAAAAUAAUGGUUGGCGUGGUGAAUUAGUUUCACCAAUGGCAGCUAAUAUUCAAUGGGAAAUAUAUCGAAAUUAUAAUAAUGAUACAAUUGAUUAUUUUCCCGAUCAACAAAUACUUAUUCGAAUGUUAUUUAAUGAAUAUCCUGUUCCAUUUAAAUAUGAAUGUAAACCAUAUGAUAUGAUCAACCAUUUUUUUUAUACAAUUGAUGAAUUAAAACGAUGUUAUAGAAUAUCUCUCUACGAUAGCCUUGAUACAUUAGACACUGAUGAUUGGCAAACAUUAAUUAAUAUUCAACGCAUGUGGAUGGGAGAAUGUAAUGGAGUUAAUAUACUCUUUAAACUUUCGAUUCCCACAAGUGAAUUUGAUUUUAUUGAAACAUUUACAAUAAAACCUGAAACUUUAUUAAAUAUUACACAUCUUUAUAUCCAAAGUACUCAUAAAUUAGCUCGACCAGAUCUAAUCGAAGAAACUGAUACUGGUGCAAAACGUUUACGUAUUGAUGCUAUUCAUCCAUUAACAGAACGUAUAUUACCAAUUUUUAUUAAUGAUAAUGCAGAUUUUGGACCAAAAAUACGAUCAAAUAUGACUAUGUUAAAUGUUCAAAUAGGUACACCUCUAUCGAAUGAAUUUGAUGAAUCAUUUGCAAAUAAACAUAAAAUUUCAACUUUUAUUGAUUCAUCAACUCAUUGGUAUAGACUGGAUUUAGAAACAUUACUAGCUGAACUUCGUUCACGUGAAUUAGGUGGUUAUCGAACAUCUGGUAAACUUAAUGAUUGGUGUAUUUCACGUCAACGUUAUUGGGGUACACCAAUUCCAAUAAUUCAUUGCAAUCAUUGUGGCACUGUACCAGUACCAAUGACUGAAUUACCUGUUCGAUUACCUUCACUUGAAAAUAUAAAAUCUUCAUCAAAAACAGGUAUUUCACCAUUAGCUAAUGCUCAUGAUUGGAUAAAAACUCGAUGUCCAAAAUGCGGACAUUUAAAUGCUAAACGUGAAACUGAUACAAUGGAUACAUUUGUUGAUUCAUCAUGGUAUUUUCUACGCUAUUUGGAUAAUGAAAAUACAACAAAACCGUUUGAACCAGAAAUCGCUAACAAAUUAAUGCCAGUCGAUCUCUAUAUCGGCGGGCUAGAACAUGCUUUAACACAUUUAUUUGUCGCUCGAUUUAUUCAACAUUUUAUGCAUUCGAAAGGUCUUUGUACUUCUAUUGAACCAUUCAAACGAUUUAUACCUAUAGGAAUGGUUCAAGGUAAAACUUAUAAAACAUCAAGUGGUCAAUAUAUUUCAAAAGAUAAUAUUAUAACAAUUGAUAAAAAUACAGUAAUACAUUCAUUAACUAAAGAACCACUACAAAUCGAUUGGGAAAAAAUGAGUAAAUCAAAAUAUAAUGGUAUUGAUCCAGAAGAAAUAAUUGAUCAAUAUGGAGUAGAUUUUACAAGAAUACUUAUGCUUACAUUUGUUCAUCCAAGAUCACUACGCAAUUUUAAUUUGGAAGAUGGUAUUGCUGAAGGUUUACAAAAUUGGUUUAAAAUUUUAAUUAAUCUUUAUGUUGAAUUAAUUGAAUCUCGAACAAAAUCAAAUAUAAAAUCAUCAAUGACUAAUGAAGAAUUUAGUCAAAUUGAAAUAGCUUUACGUGAUCAACGAUUAAAUACUAUUUAUACAGUGACAUUUUAUAUUGAUAGUUUUUUUAGUGUAGCAUCAGCUAUAAUAGAAUUACAAAAAUUAACACGUUAUCUACGAAAAGUUCCAAUAAAUGUUAAACAACAAUCAAAUGAAUAUUUAAGAUCUCUUUGUGAUUUAUUAGUUAUGAUUGGACCAGUUAUUCCAUUUCUAUCAUCAGAACUUUGGACAAUUUUACAAAAACAAAUAAAACUUAAUAUCGAUGGCUAUGAUCUAAAUAAAAGUUUAUUUGAACAAAAUUAUCCAACAUUACCUGAUGAUUAUCCAGGCAAAAUUAAUGCUUUAUAUGAUACAACUAUAUUUGCUUCGAUGCCAAUAUCUCGAUCACUUCUUCCAUCUUUAUCAACAUCGGAUGUUUUAAAAUAUUUAAAUGAAAAUGAUCAGCAAUCUCAAAUGACAAUGUUUAUUGAAAACAAUGGUUUAAAACUUGAUCGUUUACGUAAAUUAGGAGAUUAUUGUGCAACACUUAUUUAUGAACGUGAUCCAAAUGUAACUAUUAUUGAACAACCAGAACUUAAUUACGAUAAGAAAAAAAGCAAAACACCAAAAAACAAAAAUGUUUCCUAA